AGCUAUCUAUCUAUCUAUUAAGAACUGCAAUAGAGAGAUCGAAAGAUGGGUGAAAAGUUCUGUAGCAGUAGUAGGGUGUGUGUGACGGGAGGCAGCGGUUACAUUGCUUCUUCUCUGGUGAAGAAGCUGUUGAGUGAAGGCUUUACCGUUCAUGCAACCCUAAGGAAUUUGGAAGAUAAGUGGAAGGUUGAUAUGUUGAAGAGCUUUGAGGGGGCAGAAACAAGGCUAAAGCUAUUCGAGGCAGACAUGUUGAAACCAGAUGAGGGAUUAGAGUUAGCCAUUCAGGGCUGUGACUUUGUAUUCCAUGUCGCCACGCCAAUGCUCGCCCCCGAGGACAAGAAUGCAGCAGUGGAUGCUGCGGUUGAAGCUGAUCUUAGCAUAGCAAAGGCUUGCAUCAGAUCCGGAACAGUUAAACGCCUUGUCUACACGGCCUCUGCAACGGCUGCUUCACCCAUCAAGUUGACGAUGGACGACGGGAACGGGGGCCAAGAGUUCAAUGAUUUCAUAGAUGAGACUUGCUGGUCAACCACUGCUACCAACAUUCUUCACUCCAUUCCUCAUGAAAACGACUUUUUCAGGGAUUAUAUUACGGCAAAGACGCUGGCUGAAAAGGGACUCUUGAGCAGCUUCGGCGACAGUGACAUGGAGGUAGUAACGCUUGCCUGUGGCCUUGUAGGCGGGGAUACGCUUCAUCCACACUUGCCGGGAAGCUUGAACCUGAUCUUGGCGCGCCUCACCAACAAUGUUUUCGCUCUCAACAUCAUGAAUUUUCUGGAAGAGCUGCUCGCGAAGAUCCCGAUAGUCCAUAUUGAGGAUGUCGUCAAUGCCCACAUCUUCUGCUUGAGCCAGGCUUCCAUGAAAGGUCGAUUUUUGUGCGCCAACGGUUACGUCUCGAAUAGGGAGAUCGCGGAAUACUACCACAACAAGUAUCCUGAAUUCAGCGUGAGGAAAGAGCAUUUGGAAGGGGGCCGUGAGCAUGGAACCAAGUGGGGGUCUACUCUGCUUCUUGAUAAGGGCUUCAAAUACGUACAUGGCUGGGAAAGGGUUUUGGAUGACUCCGUCAGUUGCGCCAUCGCUAGGAAUGUUCAACUUGGUGCUGUUUCCGCCGAGGUUAAGGUUGAGUCAUCUCUUUAGCAUGGUUGAGGUUAAGGUUUGGUCGUCAUAACUGUGUCGGUGUGUGGGUAAAAUAAAAAACUUGGUGCUGUGGCCAAACAACGUUGAAUGAUUCAUAUGCAUGCAUGCAGUUCUUGGUGGCGACAUAAUUAAUACGCAUUGUUUUCAGUGUAUGAUUGAAGUUUAAUCGGCACGUGUUCAAUAUAAGCAAUAAGUGUUUUGUCUCAA